AUGCAUAGCAUCCAAAUGUUUGUGUUUUUCCCACUAUUAGCUCUCCUUGUACCAAUUUCCUCUGCUGAGGAUUUGGAAACUCCGCUAGAUGAUAAAGAAACCUUUGAGACACUUAACAGUAUGUACACCAACGAUCUGGUUUGGAGUGAUGAAUGGGCGGAAAAGGCAUUGGAUUGGCUCAAGUCUCCAGACAAUCAAAAAAAUGUGGAAGCUGAUUUGAUUGUUGGAGGAAGAAGUCCAAUUGCCAAUGCAAACGAAAAGCCCGUAUGGCAAAAAAUAGUCGACGUCUUAGAAAUCCAGUUUGAUGAAGCAGAAGCAGAACUCGAAAAUCUUCCCCCAGGCACGGUAUACGGAUGCAAUGGCUAUAUGAGCACAAUAGAAACGAAGGAUGAUUAUGUGUCUGCUGUUUGUCUCUAUAAACGACAGUAA